AUGGUAGAUUCAGCCUUUAUCAUAAUACCCGUAGUAUUCUCCUGCUUUGUUAUUAUUUCGAUUUUAGUUUCUAUAUGUUGUAGAGGUCAAAAUGGAGAAGCCACAGGAGCAACUGGAUUUCAUGGUAGAAUGAGUACUACAAAUGGAGGAAUCGAAGGUGGCAUUAUAUCUAGUGGUGGUGGUUGGGCUGGCGGCGGUUGGGCUGGUGGCGGUGGAGAUUUUGGAGGUGGUGGCGGUGGUGGAGGUGGUGGUGGUGGCGGUGGCGGUGGAGGUGGCGGUUGUGGAUGA